GCAGUCUACCAUCUCUACACUCCAGCUAGUAACCUAAACUGAACUGUCAAGAGCACGUUGUCUUCAGUUGUAUACAAAGUAUUGACUGUGUAACAUAUAAUUUUAUCAUUUCGUGACUUCAUAUUGUUGUACAAAUAUAUUAAUUAAACUUUUCGUUUUUUAUUUUUAUUGUUUACGUGAAUUCAAAAAACUUUGUAAAAAAUGCCAGCAAGUGAUGAAUUAAGUAGUGUUUUAACACGUCGCCAACAAAUUAACGAAGCUUUAGACGAAGGCAAAGAAGUGCAACCAAAAUAUAAAUUUGUUAAUGUUUAUACAGAGUUUCAUGAAUUUUCCCGACGUGAAAUUAAACAAUAUGAGAGUACUUUUAAUAGAUUUGACGAAGGCCAUGAUGGCUAUUUAGAUUUAACAGAACUAAAACGUAUGAUGGAAAAAUUGGGAGCACCACAAACACAUAUUGGAUUGAAGGCGAUGAUUGCUGAAGUUGAUGAAGAUAAAGAUCAAAAAAUUUCAUUUCGUGAAUUCUUAUUAAUAUAUCGAAAAGCACGGGCUGGUGAUUUAGAAUUAGACUCCGGUUUAGAUCAGCUAGCAAAAUUAACAGAGAUUGAUGUAAAUGAAGUUGGUGUAAAUGGAGCAAAAUCAUUUUUCGAAGCAAAGAUUAAGGAAUUGUCUGUAAAAAGUAAGUUUGAAGAGGAAAUACGCAUGGAACAAGAAGAACGAAAGCGUGAAGAAGAAGAAAAAGCUAUGAAGCGAGCAGACUUUUUGAAAAAAAUCGCAGUUUUUAAAUAAAAUUUUUUAUCGAUAUUGAAAUUCAGCUGAUUUUCAGUUUAAAUAUUUUUAUCAAUUGCUUAUUUGUUUUUAUAAAAUGAAUAUAGGCAAAUGCUAUUACAUUGUUGAUAUGAAAAAAGUAUAAAGAAAACUUAGAAUUAAUUUUUUUAGCGAGUUUUGGUAGCAAUACUUAAUCAGGUUAUACAAAAAAUUUUAGUAUGUCGACUAUCGGUAAAAAAUUUUUAUGAAUAUAAUUUAAAUACGAAGGUGAAAUAAAUUCGGAUAAUUUUAGCAAUCUAGAUAUAUAAAUAUGUAAAAAUUGAAAUGAUAUAAUCGGUUUUGUGGAUUGCUUUCUAAAAACAUUAGAAUAGCUAUGAUCAUACAAUUGAACCAAAAUAAUUUAAAACUUGCAAAAAAAUACGGCCUAUAUAAUAACCGAUAUUCCGUUUGUAUAUUUAUAUUGCUUGAUUCACGAAAGGGUCGGUGAACUUCGACCUAGAGGUCUAGAGCUCAGAAAUAUUUUCAAAGUUUGGUAACGUCUAAUCUAGGUUUUAAUUUUGAAAUAUUUGACUUAAUGUGUGUGAACCAUUAGAAAUAAAAUGAAAUGAUUGAAAAAAAUCGAAGUAUCAAAGAAUUCAGAAGAAAAGAUAUGACUCCACUAUUUUUAGUUGUUAUAACCUGAAUAAUACCAAAAUUUGCCUAAUAUUUAUUAUAUUUGUGUUGAUGUUAUUGUUUCAUCAUCUUGAUCGAAAAUUCAAUUAGUUUUAAAUUAUCUAACAUUGAUACGUAAUCAUUAGUCUAAAUUCUAGAUUAUUCUACAUUAUCUUGACGUAACACAGACUGUCUAUAUUGGGGAGAACUCAAGUAUUCAUUGUUAAUAAUUAAAUUGUAAAUAAAAUUUGGAAAAACUCGCUUGUUUAGCAAAUAAUUUGCACAUUGACGCUCGUCAAAUAUUAAUCAAUUAGAAAAACGAUACCAUAGCUCAUUGGCUCUUACUGGCUAUUUCAUUUUAGUUAAUUCUUACUAGUUUUUUCGCGAUAAAACUCUGAUAAAAAGCCUAAAUUAAAGAAUAAUAAUAUACAAAAACAAAAAUAAUUUCAUUUGACGUAAAUAAGCCUGACUGUUUUCAUUUAAGUGCAA